UCUGACAAACUUGUAAUUUUUUCUCUUCAGCAUCACCACAAACACUCCUGUUUGGGGGAAACCUAACUUGCACAAUUUAUUAGAGAUAUUCAAAAGGAAGGACAUUAUCAAGGACAUAUUUUUAAAACUAACGUUUUAUUUAUUUUUUCCCUCUUUCAUUUUCCAGAAAAUGUCCAGUUCAGGCAGAAUCGACAAAAUGCACAUCUCAGGCAGUUUCUCAUCUCCAAGUAGUGCUCAUGAUGAUGAAGAUAGUGAUAGUUCUCAAAAUGAAAGUCACAACAUGAAGGGAGAGGUUCACAGUCAUUUAGAGGAGAACAUUCGUCCAUAUAUUGAUCUGAUUGACACUCUGCGAUCAGUUGGCAUUCACAAGGACUUGGCGUUACCGACUAUUGUAGUGAUCGGAGACCAGAGUUCUGGAAAAAGCUCUGUCUUGGAAGCGCUGUCUGGAGUUGCAUUACCAAGAGGGAGCGGAAUUGUAACCAGAUGUCCAUUAGAGCUGAGGCUGAAGAAGGUAACAGGAGUCAACUGGAAGGCUGUUUUAACUUACCGGCCUGUUAAAGCCAGCAAACAGGCACGUGGACAAGCAACACCUCACAAUGAGAAGAAAUUUGAGUUUGAAGAUCCUUCUUUAGUUGAAAGACAUGUUGCAGCAGCCCAGAAUGAGCUGGCAGGAAAAGGGGUAGGAAUAUCUGAUGAGGUCAUCACUUUAGAGGUCAUGUCGCCAGAUGUGUGUGACCUCACACUGAUCGAUCUACCUGGAAUCGCCAGAGUCCCAUUAAAAGGACAGCCAGAGGACAUUGGAGAGCAGAUCAAAAGUUUGAUCUUUAAAUUUAUUGAGAAGCAAGAGACUAUAAACCUGGUUGUGGUCCCUUGUAACACUGACAUUGCAACAACAGAAGCAUUAAAAAUGGCACAAGAAGUAGAUCCUGAGGGCAAAAGAACUGUUGCCAUUUUGACCAAGCCAGACCUCAUAGACAAGGGAACAGAGAAGAGCAUUCUGAAAAUCGUCCACAAUGAAGUGAUUGAUCUCCGCAAAGGCUGCAUCAUGGUGAAGUGUAGAGGACAACAGCAGAUCAAUGAUGACAUUCCUCUGGAGGAGGCAGCACAAAUGGAGAGAGAUUUCUUCCAAAACCAUGAUUAUUUCAGAUGCCUCUUGAAAAAAGAUAAAGCAACUAUUAAAUGUCUCGCCAUCAAACUUACUCAGGAACUUGUUGAUCAUAUCAAAAAAUCCUUGCCACAGCUUGAUGAUCAUAAAAAACAGCUGUGGGACGUGAGGGAUGAGCUCAAGGAGUGUGAUGGCGGACCUCCACAAGACCCUAAGGGAGCCAAACAAUUCCUUACUCAAACCUUAAAAAGAUUCAAUGAUCAAAUCAACUCCUUAUCAUCAGGAGAGCUGAUCCUUGAGGAAAAUUUGUUUGCACAGCUUCGUGCUGAAUUCAAGAAGUGGAAUGAUCAUCUUAACCGUUCAAAGAAAUCCUUUUCUAAUUCAAAAGCGGUGAGCCAGGCAAACAGAGGGAGGGAACUGCCCGGCAUCAGCAACUACAAAGUGUUUGAGACUGCCCUUCAGCAACAUGUGGCCAAACUAGAGGAGCCAGCCAAUGACUUACUAGGUGACAUGAAAGACAUCACCAUCAAACAUUUACUUGACGUGGUCAAUCAUUGUUUCCGGAACUACCCUGUCCUUAAAAACAUAACUGUGAGUAAAAUCAACAACAUUCUGUCAAGUCAGCAAGAGAAGGCAGAGCAGAGGAUCUCAGAGCAGUUUAAAAUGGAAAACUUGAUCUACACUCAAGAUCCCAUGUUCCUGAAGAUCUUGAGUGAGAUUACCAAUGAGCAGUUCUCAGAAGAACAGUUACCUAUGUUUGACAAAAAGUGCAAGUACAGUCAUAUGCUGGAGGCACAUUAUGAGAUUGUAGUGCAGAGGAUGGCUGACCAACUGCCCAUGAUGAUCUCCCUUUUCAUGCUGAAGGAAACUGCUGACCUCUUGUCUACUGACAUUUUAGGUUUAUUGGACGGGGCAAAUGUGAGCGAGCUCCUCUUUGAGGACUCUGAUGUCAGCAAAAGACGCAAAGACCUACUAGCUCGCUUGGAUCGUUUGACUGCUGCUCAGGCAGCACUUGCUGAAUUUAUUUGAGGGAUCUGUUGACUAGAGGAUAUUAUAUGAAAAUACAUUGAAUCUGCCAUAAUAAUAUUAUUUUAUAAUGUAUCUGACAACUGUUCUAUGGAGGUUUGCUAGAUUUGACAACAAUGUUUUGAUUCUUUGAUUCUUGAUAUAUUGCUAGAUUUUAAAUUUCUGAAACUUCCCUGUAACCAUUUCUAAAUAAUUAAUAACUUUUAGCCUUGCAAUUGAAUUAACCUGCAUCUUAUGCUAUUUUAUUGUUUACAUGUUGCUCACCAAUGCUGUACUUUGUAUCCAAGCCAAAUCUAGAGGGCAGAUACCUACAGUUUGUUUUCUAAAAUCACUAAAAGCUUCAGUGCUUCAACUAUAGUGUGUGAUUUGUAAAAAAAUUAAAUAACAUUUUCCUUAAUGAUUGACCUGCUUGUUUUAUUUUUUUGUCAGAAUAAUAAAUGUAAAGCCAUUUUAAA